AUGGUGUCCUGGCGGCGGAGGCCGGGGCCCGGCCUGGCGCGGCUGUGGGGCUUGUGCUGCCUGGUGCUGGGCUGCUGGCCGGGCGCGCUGGGCUGCCCCGCGUCCUGCGGGUGCAGCUCUUGGCGGAUCUGGUGCACGGGAUCGUCGCCGGGCAUCGCCUCCUUCCCCGUGCCGCAGAGGAGCGCCGAGGGCGACAAUGUUACCGAGAUUUAUAUCGCAAACCAGCCAAAUUUGGAAAGUAUAAAUGACAAUGAGGUUGGAUUUUAUGUUGGACUUAAAAACCUGACUGUGGUGGAUUCAGGCCUAAGAUUCGUGUCCCGUCAUGCAUUUGUGAAAAAUGUGAACCUACAGUACAUAAAUUUAUCCAGAAACAAGCUCUCAAGUUUGUCCAAGAAGCCUUUUCGCCAUCUGGGUUUGACUGAUCUGAUAUUGGUGGACAAUCCAUUCAAGUGUUCCUGUGAAAUCAUGUGGAUCAAGAAGUUUCAAGCUACCAAGUUUUACACAGAAACUCAGGACUUAUAUUGCAUAGAUGACAACAAUAAGAGGACAGCCUUGCUGGAUAUGAAGGUCCCAAACUGCGAUUUGCCCUCAGCAAACUUAAGCAAUUACAACAUCACCGUGGUGGAAGGAAAGAGCAUUACGUUGUACUGUGAUACUACUGGUGGGCCACCCCCAAAUGUAUCCUGGGUGGUAACUAAUCUUGUUUCAAACCAUGAGACUGACACAAAUAAGAACCCUGCCUCUCUCACCAUCAAGAAUGUUUCAUCAAUGGACAGUGGACUGGAGAUUUCCUGUGUAGCAGAGAACAUUGUGGGAGAGGACCAAGUCUCUGCUGAGCUUACAGUAUUCUUUGCACCAAAUAUCACAUUUAUCGAGUCUCCAACCCCUGACCACCACUGGUGUAUUCCAUUCACUGUGAAAGGGAACCCUAAACCCACAUUGCAGUGGUUCUAUGAAGGAGCUGUACUGAAUGAGUCUGAAUACAUCUGUACUAAGAUACAUGUUAUCAAUCAAAGUGAAUACCAUGGCUGCCUUCAGCUGGACAAUCCUACACACCUGAAUAAUGGUGCUUAUACCUUACUGGCAAAGAAUGACUAUGGAGAAGAUGAAAAACGGGUUGAUGCUCAUUUCAUGUCAGUGCCUGGAGAUGGUAGUGGCCCAAUUUUGGAUCCAGACGUUUAUGAGUAUGAAACCACACCUAAUGAUCUUGGAGAUGCCACAAAUAACAGUAAUCAAAUCACUUCAACGGAUGUUUCCAACAAAGAGAAUGAAGAUAGUAUCACUGUGUACGUUGUGGUGGGAAUUGCAGCACUGGUGUGCACUGGCUUAGUAAUAACCCUCAUUAUUCUGAAGUUUGGAAGACACUCUAAGUUUGGGAUGAAAGUUCAUGGUGAAGUAAAAGGAGUUGGUCUGGUAGAUCAAAUAUGGCUUUCAUUGCAAGACUGCGACAAUGAAGGUCCUUCUUCAGUCAUCAGCAAUGACGAUGAUUCAGCCAGUCCCCUCCACCACAUCUCAAAUGGCAGUAACACUCCAUCUUCUUCUGAGGGGGGUCCUGAUGCAGUCAUCAUUGGGAUGACAAAGAUUCCUGUAAUUGAAAAUCCACAGUAUUUUGGAAUUACCAACAGUCAGCUCAAGCCAGAUACCUUUGUGCAUCACAUCAAGCGCCACAAUAUCGUUCUUAAAAGAGAACUGGGAGAAGGAGCCUUUGGGAAAGUCUUUCUGGCAGAAUGCUAUAACCUGUGUCCUGAGCAGGGCAAGAUCUUGGUGGCAGUGAAGACACUGAAAGAUGCCAGUGAUAAUGCCCGCAAGGACUUCCACCGUGAGGCAGAACUGCUAACUAACCUGCAACAUGAGCACAUUGUCAAAUUCUAUGGUGUCUGUGUUGAGGGUGAUCCACUCAUCAUGGUCUUUGAGUAUAUGAAGCAUGGAGAUCUUAACAAAUUCCUCAGGGCACAUGGACCAGAUGCAGGGCUGAUGGCAGAAGGCAACCGUCCUGCUGAGCUGACCCAAUCCCAGAUGCUUCACAUUGCACAGCAGAUUGCUUCUGGUAUGGUUUACCUGGCAUCACAGCACUUUGUGCAUCGGGAUCUUGCUACCCGGAAUUGUCUGGUUGGUGAAAACCUACUGGUGAAGAUUGGGGAUUUUGGGAUGUCUAGAGAUGUGUACAGCACAGACUACUACCGGGUUGGGGGUCACACCAUGCUGCCAAUUCGUUGGAUGCCUCCAGAGAGUAUAAUGUACAGGAAGUUCACCACAGAAAGUGAUGUCUGGAGCCUGGGGGUUGUAUUAUGGGAAAUCUUUACUUAUGGCAAACAGCCAUGGUAUCAGCUCUCAAACAAUGAGGUGAUUGAGUGCAUCACUCAGGGCCGAGUCCUGCAGCGACCUCGCACAUGCCCAAAGGAAGUGUAUGACUUGAUGCUGGGUUGUUGGCAGCGGGAGCCUCACAUGAGGCUCAACAUUAAAGAAAUCCACUCCCUCCUUCAGAACUUGGCCAAGGCAUCUCCAGUCUACUUGGAUAUUUUAGGCUAA